AUGUCCUCCAAGCAAGAUGCUGCCCAUCCCCUCAAGGUCGCCGGCGUCGUCUCCUUUUACAUGGGCGCCGCCCUCGUCAUGGUCUUUGUUAACAAGGCCGUCCUCCAAACCGCGCCCUCCCUGCCCCUCCUCUUCCUCCUCAACCAGCUUCUAAUCGCCGUCAUCCUCCUUCACCUUGGCGCGUUUGCCACUCCUCGGAUAGACCUCCCCCACCUCGAUCUGCCGACCGCAAAGAAGCUGUUCCCUGUGGUCUCCGUCAACAUCGUCGGCCUCGUCUUCAACACCCUCUGCCUCCGCGACGUCGAAGCGUCCUUCUUCCAGAUCGCCCGCGGUCUUCAACUGCCCCUGACCAUCGCCGUCUCCUCCUUCGUCGCCAAAAAGGCCCCCAGCAAGCUCGUCAUCUUCUCCGCCUCCAUUGUCACCUUUGGCUUCCUCCUCGGCGUCUCGCCUUCGCUCGGACGACAGGCCGUCUCAGACCAAGACACGCCGACAGCCGACAUCGCGCGCGACCCGCACAAGCCGUCCCUCCUCUCCCUCUUCUACGGCUUCCUCUCCUCCCUCUUCAUCGCCGUCCACGCCGUCCUCAUCAAGUCGUCCCUCCCGCACUGCAACAAUUCCACCAUCCAGCUCGCCUACUGGACCAACCUCGGCUCCGCGGUGCUCAUCCUGCCCUUCGUGCUCCUCGGCGGCGAGGCAUGGCACAUCACCACUGAGAUCUUCGGCGACGGGAGCAGCUGGUGGGCGAGCGAGGGCUUUACAUUCUUCUGGGGGAGUAUCGUCACUGGUGUCUUUGGGUUCUUGCUAUGCGUGGCGGGUCUGCUGAGCAUCAAGGUGACCAGCCCGGUCACGCAUAUGUUCUCCAGCGCCGCUCGCUCGGUCCUCCAGACUCUCCUCGGAGUCUGGAUCUUCCACGACCUCCUCACAGUGAACCGCGCGCUGUCUAUUCUCGUCAUCCUCGGCGGCACGAUGUACUACACGUACGUCAAGUCGCUCGAACAGGGCCAGCCGCCCGCGCCGGCGACCAAAAACAACAGCGGCAACGACCUCGAGAUGGGGGUGGGCAGGAAGGAGGAGGGCGUCGCGCUGUUCUCCGUGCCGGAGGACGAGGAGGAGGGGAAGGCGUGAGGGAGUGUAUUUUUGGACUCUCUGGACUUGGGGUAUCUGCGACUCGGACUCGACUGCGUGCGUGUUUCCUGCCAAAGAUUUCCCUGAUACAUACCGGCAUAGAUACAGAUGCGGACGUUGGAAGCUUGCGGGCGAUCGUGACUGUGCGCGACCCUGAGCUCGAUUCAGACGGGCCCCUGUUGGCCCGAGGCGAGGUCGGGUUUUGGCAGGCUGCGUCCAUACAUGAUUGAAUUUACGUUACUUACCGCCGGCGUGCGUGAUGGACAGGGUUCGAGAUGAU